CAAACAAAAACGGCAGGAAAAUAACCACCCUCAGAGGUCCAGAAGAAAAAAAGCUGUGAGAUGAAGGAAAACUACUUUUUGAGUUCUCUUGCUCUUCCAUUAUUUUCUGUCUCCCUGGUCCACCCCUAGGACAUUAACUGGUGUUCUUUAUCUUGAUGCCUCUCAAAGAUCAGCAUGCAAAACCUAGAUUUGGAUUUUAACUGUGUGGCCAGCCUCCCUAUGUGUGUUUAGCAGAUGCCUCAAAUGUAUCUAAAAUGAUUAUUUCUUCCUUAAGUGUGGUCCAAAGUCAACACCACCACCAAGCCUUUCUCUGCCCCUCAUCCUUAUCCUUCAUGCUUUGAUCAAUUAAUGGAGCAGCUCCCAGAAGUAGAGGGGCUUUGCAACAUUCCUCUAGCUCCUGCAGACUUGGACUCAGCCCUUCUCUAUUGUUGCCACCUCACACAGUUUUUACUGUGUUCAUCCUUUGGGGAUCACAGCAAGUCAGAACUCCGUCACUUUGAUGGGCACUUCCCCCACUCCCAGCUUUGCCAAUUUGAGAAUUUAUCCACAUGGAUUGGUGUUGCUGGACCUUCAAAGUUACGACAGUGAUGCACAGGGCAAAGAAGAAAUUGACGGUCUUUUGAACAAAGUAGAAGAAAGAAUGAAAGAAUUGAGUCAGGACAGUACUGGGCGAGUGAAGCGAUUACCACCCAUAGUUCGAGGAGGGGCCAUUGACAGAUAUUGGCCUACUGCUGAUGGACGCCUGGUUGAGUACGACAUAGAUGAAGUGGUGUAUGAUGAAGACUCUCCUUAUCAGAAUAUUAAAAUUCUACACUCAAAGCAGUUUGGAAAUAUUCUUAUCCUUAGUGGGGAUGUUAAUUUGGCGGAGAGUGAUCUGGCGUAUACCCGGGCUAUCAUGGGCAGUGGCAAAGAAGAUUACACUGGCAAAGAUGUGCUGAUUCUGGGAGGUGGAGAUGGGGGUAUAUUAUGUGAAAUAGUCAAACUGAAACCAAAGAUGGUCACUAUGGUAGAGAUUGACCAAAUGGUGAUUGAUGGAUGUAAGAAAUAUAUGCGAAAAACAUGUGGUGACGUCUUAGACAAUCUUAAAGGAGACUGCUAUCAGGUUUUAAUAGAAGACUGUAUUCCAGUACUGAAGAGGUACGCCAAAGAAGGGAGAGAGUUUGAUUAUGUGAUUAAUGAUUUGACAGCUGUUCCAAUCUCUACAUCUCCAGAAGAAGAUUCCACAUGGGAGUUUCUCAGAUUGAUUCUUGACCUCUCAAUGAAAGUAUUGAAACAGGAUGGGAAAUAUUUUACACAGGGGAACUGUGUCAAUUUGACGGAAGCCCUGUCACUCUAUGAAGAACAACUUGGGCACCUCUAUUGUCCUGUGGAAUUCUCAAAGGAGAUCGUCUGUGUCCCUUCAUACUUGGAAUUGUGGGUAUUUUACACUGUUUGGAAGAAAGCUAAACCUUGAAGAUGAAUAUCCCCUAAUCAUGUGUGCUGCAAACAGCUUUCCUGACCUCCGAAUGCUGUACAUGACAUCAAAAUGAGUUGGGCAAUUGAUUGUGAACUCCUUAAAGUUUUCUCUUCUUUUAAUUAUUAUUCUUAAUUUAAAAAAGCAAAUGGAAAAUGUAUAUUUUGAUGAGCUAGGGUGUUAUUUUUUAAAAGUCAGCUGAAGGGCAAUUAGAUAGUACAGCAAAGACUGCGAAGUGCACUGACCCCCUAGAAUGUGAUUUUUGUUACUUUUUAGUUCUGUGUGGGUUUUUUUUGUUUUUGUUUUUUUUCCAUUUUGGUUUUGGUAGACCUAAAUUUGGAUGUUUGGAGGAAUGAACAUCAUUGUUAUGUUCUGGAGGGAAGUUCUUGAUGGUGAUUUCUUUCCCAAAAAAUGGAUUUAGAUAUUAAAAUUUGGUGCUUAUAAGAGAGUUAAAAAUGAAUAGCAAUGCUUCAAUUAAAAUCACAAAGGAGA